UCUUUUUCUGGUGAAUUACCAGAUUCCAUAGAUUAUACGAAACUCCAACAUUUGAAUAUUUCCUACAACAAUUUUGAGGGAGAAGUACCCAAGGUAGGAGUAUUCCAAAAUAUUACCGCAGUUGAUGUACGAGGAAAUCCUGAUCUUUGUGGUGGAAUACCACAAAUGAAGCUACAGAGAUGUGUCACACAUAUCCAAGAACACCAAAGGAAUGACCACAGAAUAGUUAUAAUUGUAUUUUCCACAAUCGGUGCAUUUGCAUGCUUGUGCACGGCCAUAUGUUUCUUUGCAUGUCGAUAUUGCAGAAGAACACAUAACAAUGCAAAAUCCAGUCAUGGCAUGCAGUUUGAACACAAGAGGGUGUCCUACAAUGACAUUUUCAAAGCUACAGAUGGUUUCUCUUUGGAUAAUCUAGUCGGAAGGGGCGCAUUUGGAACAGUAUACAGAGCCACCAUGAACUUGGAAACUCAGGAUAUUAUCGUUGCUGUAAAGGUCCUAGACCUUCAAAACCAAGCUGGUUCUAAGACAUUCUUGACUGAAUGCAAGGCACUGAGAAAUAUACGACAUAGAAACCUUGUUAAGGUUUUGAGCUCAUGUUCCAGUAUAGAUCACAAUGGUACCGAUUUCAAGGCAUUGAUUUUUGAGUUCAUGCCGAAUGGAAGUCUGGAGACUUGGUUACAUCCUACCGCAUGUACUGCUCGACCAUUUGAAGCUCUAAGCCUUACCCAGAGGAUGGACAUAGCAAUUGAUGUUGCCACAGCAUUAGAUUAUCUCCACCACCAUGGUACAGUGCCGAUUGUGCAUUGUGAUUUGAAGCCUAGCAAUGUUCUUUUGGACGGUGAAAUGAUUGCACAUGUGGGUGAUUUUGGAUUAGCAAAGUUCUUGGUUCAACAAGAUAUCAUGAUUUCUCAUUCGGCAAUAAGCACUGGGAUCAGGGGUACUAUUGGCUACAUUCCCCCAGAAUAUGGCAUGGGGGCUCAAGCAUCUGUGCAGGGCGACGUAUAUAGCUACGGAAUUCUUCUGCUGGAGAUAUUCACUGGAAUGAGUCCAACUGAUGAACAAUUUGUAGAUGGGAUGAGCCUUCCGAAGCUGGUUGAGAGUUCCUUUCCUGAGAGUAUUAUGGAAAUAGUUGAUCACAAGUUGUUCUUGAUUAAUGGAGGAAGAAAACAAACGGGAGACUAUACCCAUGAACUUGACGGUAUCCAUCAAUGUUUACUCACAGUGAUACAGCACGGACUCAUGUGCUGCAACGAGCUGCCAAGUGAUCGCAUAGACAUACAUGAUUUUGUCAAAGAGCUAAACUCAGCAAAAGAGAAGCUGCUGGGAUGAAACAAUUGUGCUGACUGCUGAAUGUUUCAUUAGCAACAUGUAUCCCUUAUCCUCCUUCUGCAGUUUUUUCUACAGUACUAGAGCAGUUAGCUAGCUCUGCACCGGUGGUUCAUGCCAUGAUCCAGCAACUUUGUUCUUUCGGAUAUUAUAUACACUACUCAUAAAUCCAUACACCUGCUACCAACUUUGUAACAUGCA